AUGCAAAGCUGCAACGAAUCUUCACCACGACAAAUAAACGUUGAAACAUUAACGGCUGUUCCGUUUACUACCCCGUUAGAUGAAUCUGACUCUGAAGAGAUUUUAGCUGAAGGUGCCGCACUUCCAUCUAGUAAUUUUUCAGGCACAUAUGCCACACUUGCUCAAAAUUUAUCUCUACAAGGAAUCGCAAGCUCGACAAGACUUGGUGACGCCUCAGGAGCUUCCUCAGAUUCUGCAGAUUCAGCAAAAAAAACUAAAGAAUAUUCUGAAACAGUUGCUAAAUCAUAUGCCGCUCUUGCUGAACAGAAGGGAUGGAAAAAUCCAGACAACACUCUAUUUCCUAUAUCACUGAACAAUCUUUGUAAUUUUUUACGUGUCAAAAUGGCUACUAAUAAUUCUAGAAGUUUAGAUUGGUAUAUUGGUGGUCUCCAUAGAUACCAGAAGAAUGUACUCAACAUUCAAAAUUGGGAUGACGUUCGCAGACAUCCAAGUGUAAAGGAGCUUUUAAGUCAACUUAAAGCAGAAAAUAAACCAAGAAGUGGAAGAGAGUCACCUCCUGGUACUCCAGAAAAGGGAAAGCGCAAUAAACAAACAAUCGAUGAUAAUAGCUGUUUUGAGUCGGUUAAAAGUACACCUGAAGUUGGAUCUAUUAGCAUCGAUCUUUCUAAACCGCUGAGCCCGAUUGAUUCCAAGAUAUCAACUGAAAGUAUUCUUGAAUAUCGUGGUCCAUCACUCUCAUCUUCAAAGCCUUUAAUUGAUCCAUUUUCGUCAAUUAAAUUGGACAAUGAGAAUAUUAUUAUCUCACAAGAAUAUGAUUCAACAGUAUCAAAACCUAAUUCUGCGGAAAAAUUCGAUCCUAUGGUAGUUUCAAACUCUGAUGAUGAUGAUUUGGAAAUUAGCAAUGCACGAGGUGGUUAUAUAGCUACUCCUAAAAGGCGUCGUAAAGAUAACGACAAUUUACAUGAAGCAAACCAAGUAGAUGAUGAUGAUGAGCCAGAAAGCUUUAAAUCUCGAUAUGAGAAGGCUCUUGCUACGCUUAAGAUAAAAUAUAAGAAUUGUUGCAGAUAUCAUCCUGAAGGAUGUUUUUUAUUAAAUAAUAAUCGACAUUUUAUUCUCAACGAACGUUUGUAUAGACGCUGGGCUGCAUUAUGCGCGUCCGGCGACGAUAUAAACACAAAUUUAUUGCCUUCUGCACCAGAACUUGACGAAUUUUCCGAAGAAAAUGCAGUUCAGCUCUAA